AUGAAACUAUGGGUUUUAGGAUUGCCUCCACAAGGCGUCGAUUAUGCGGUUCCCCGUGGGCCGUUCGUAGAAUGGCUUGUCCCUAGGACCUCGCCUUCUUGUUGUUGGAGAAAUGAUACAAAUCAUUCCUCUGAAGAAACACCUCCUGCAACAAAUAUAUUCGGCCAUAUAUUCGCAUCGUCUACCAGAAUGGCCGGGAGAAUGGCAGAAAAAAUUGUCGCUUUUUAUAAUGAAUUGAAGUGA